AUGCUCUUUGCCCUCCUUCAUGAGCCAACGUUCCUUUCGAAAUGCCGACGGAAUCGUUUCCCAAAUCAUGUACUUGGUUAUUCCCCGGAACCGUCAGCUCAGCCGGCUCCUAUCACCCAAGGAUCGAGGUCAAAAACUUGGGCCACGACCGUUACGCGGAUACCGAGUUGGCCUGAGGAAGCCAGACCCCUGAGAAAGCGCAACUGCAUCUCCUUUCUGUAUACUAUCGGGGACGUGCUCCUGGUACUCUUGCCGAUCUAUUUCAUUCUUCUCGGAGUUGCCGUUACCACACUCAAUGGGAAGCGUACGAAAGGAAAUGCCUUCGGUCCAAAGGUCGAGUCCGCAAUGGAUCUAGGUCCUACCAUCUUUCUAAUUGUCUUCGCAGCAAUCAGUGGGCGCAGCAUGAAAAUGAUUGCGCGAUAUCUUGCUGAGAGAGGAUCUAAGCUUAGCACCUUGGAAUUACUCAUGGCCAGCCAGUCAGUAUGGGGUACAGUCGAAAGUCAGGUGUUGAUGCAGCGACUCACACUAGUUGGCGCAAAUCUCCUUUUUCUCUGGACACUCUCUCCACUCGGCGGUCAGGCAUCCCUUCGACUAAUGCGAAGAGACAAUCGCGCGGCGGAAUCAUCGACGAAGCUCCGCUAUAUGAGCAUCUGCCCUGGAAGCGCAAUGUGGGGGAUGGCGACGACAUAUGAAGAAAACGGGAAAUUCGCCGACGCUGCUGCCCUAUACAGUGCUGCACUUCUGGCGCCUCAAGCAAGCAAAGUCAGACCACAGGAUCCGUGGGGAAAUGUCAAGAUUCCGAGCUUAGAAGCCUACAAUUUGUCUAAGUCAAACUCGGCCGACUGGUUCAACCUCCCAUCGCGCAUAUCUUCGCCCGAGGUAUACUCAUCCUUGGUGGGCCUUCCAUUAGUCGGUCUACCUCCUAAUGGAACUUCUAGGUUUACAUUGGAGACCAGUUACCUCACCGUCGACUGUGGGCCAUUCAGUCAGACCUUGUACCCAAGUAAUAUAUCUUCUAAUCCGAUGCACACGAACUGGACCAAACUAGAGGAGCUAGUACCCGGUCAAGUCUGGGCUGACAAAUCCGUCUGGAAUCCUUUUGAACCUCAGAACCGCACGACCAUCCAGGAUCCGGGAGACGGAGUAUACUUGGGUCGUUUCGAUGCUUUCGUUGGCAACACCAACGCUUCGGUACUCGACAGGGGCAACGACACCGUUCGUACGCACCGUGGGCUUCUGUAUACUUCCUUAUACCCUAGCGGCGAUUCUGAGAACGGCGACUUCGCCCUCAACAUCGGAAGAUGCUCGCUAGCUCAGAGCCACGCGGAAGCCAUGCUUCGUUGCGACGAGGAUUCCUGUGUCACAGAAAAGAUCAGAAAGUCACUCUCAGAUCACCGCCCGGUCGCCUACACUAGCUUGGAACACCACUUGAUCAUGUACGGGCUUGCACAGAACUUUCCGCUGGCCGUUUCCUCAAGUGGAGCCUUUAGCAGUGCCACAGAAAGGUUCCUCGCCAACAGCUCCUCAUAUCCAUUUCUGCAACAAAACGGUCACCCAACUGCAAAGGAGUCCUACGUCGAUCUGUCCGUUGUUCCUCCGGACGUAUUUUCAAGACGGCUUAGCCUGCUUCUCAACACCUACUAUCAGCUCAGCAUUCGGCCAACAGGAUAUUUUGGAAGCUUGUCCACAAAUUUGUCUCGAUACGGCCCAGACACUCUCCCGUCCACCGAUCUCAACGCCUACUUACCCGCGAACCUUUCGGCAACGAGCCAUAGCAUCGAGGAAUGGUGGCCUCCUUUCCGAGACUUAGUGCAAGGAACGGAUGCACCUUUCAUUGGAGCAACGACGAUGGGGAAUGUUACCACAGUCGAGGAGAUAUUCGUCUGCGACUUCGCUUGGCUCGCACUGCUUUUCGCAUCGUCAACUAUCAUCUUUAUCACAGGAGCGAUUGCGCUAAUACUUAAGAGAAAGACUGUAGGACCCGAGCUGUUUGGAUUCGUAACGAGCAUGACCACGCUAGAUGCUAUGGAGCGAGCGAGACUAUUGAAAGACGUGGAAGUAUUCGUUGGUGAUGUGCAUGGCGAGAAGGACGUAGGACACAUAGCACUCGCUGCUGGAGUUUCGGUGCGCAAGCUGGAGCGAGGCAGGCUGUAUGCAUGA